AUGAGUCACGAGGAUGCAGCGCACCUUCCAGCAGACGACCUGCCGCUCUUCGCCAUUCUGCCGCAACUCAACGAUGUACCGUCCGGUAAUCUAGUGAACAAUGAUGGACACGAAGCGACAUUCAACGACGCUGCGACAAAAGUGCUCCACCGCAUGCAUGUCGACGACGACAUCAGGGCGCAUCUGCUCGGCCGGUUGAGCCUGCUCUCACCGCCUUCGCUCGAUCGGAUCCUCGUCAACGCCGAACUGGGAGGACGCUAUCUCCAGCUUCUCCGGCACUUCCACACCGCCGUCAUGCCCAGCGCUCCCAACGAAAUCGACCGGCGCCGGCAGGAAUUCCAGGAGUCCGUCCCGUUCUCGUUCUUCGCCUCGCUCCCGCUCGACCUAAUCGACGCUAUCGCACGAGAAACCGUCCGUCCUCGACAAACGACCGAACUCCUGCACGCCGAAUCGAUUCUCCGCUACGCCGUCCUCGACGUUUACUCGAGGAAGAUUGGCGAGAUCCUCUCGCUCUUCACGCAAGACCAGACGAAGCGCAAGGCACUCCAGCAGUGGCGUGACGAGUACCUCGAGGCGUUCGAGGAUGCGAUGCGGACGAGCUGGAUCGGUGUCGGACCGCCGCAGGAACACCGUUCGAGGGUCUGGAGCUCCGGGGCUGUUCAGCAGUACUGGCUGCGCUACAAGGGGGUCGUGCAGACGGAUUGGGCGCGGCUGGAUGCGGAUUGGGUUCGGCUCGUGACGCUGUUCUGCGACUCGAAGAGGUUGCCAGGGAUCGAGGCCGUGCUGCCCAUACACUCAAUGAUAUACACACUCGUACGGACGGAUUGCUUCGUCCCCGUCUAUCGACCUCCUGACUCAUGCUUGCUCGCACGCAACAGCACUCUGACGUGCACUCCCUCUCUCGCAUCUCGCUUCGUGCUGCGCGGCGGUACGGGACAACUCAGCGUGCGUGGGUGGCGGAAAGGGCAUCGAGGGCGUUCUAAAACGGCGGCUUCCUCUCCCUCUGCAUCCCCUCUUUCUCUCCCUCUCACGAAACCCGGAAGAAUGUAA